UAAACAGGGAUAUGUUUUCAGCUGGAAUCUUAUCAUCACAAAGAAGUGAAGUCACAAAUAAGGCAAUAUCAUUCAAUGCAAAAGCAACAACAAACCUGUUUGAAUUCUAUCAUAUAUUUGAGCAAACAGUGAAAAGAUGGAGAAGCAAUGAAACUAGUGACAACUUCCGGAACAGAACUGAACGUCCCAAAGCCGUCAAAUCCAAAUCAAAGCUUCUGAAACAUGCAGCUGAUGUAUACACACUAGCACUAUAUAAUGACUUUGAAACAGAGUAUGAGUGGGCAAUGGCAUCAUUUUUACGAGCAUUUGCAACAGAAAACUCACAGCUGAAGUUGUUUGAAGUCUCACCAGAAGAAGAUUUCAGCAAUUCACAUACAGUAGCAUACGAUGAGGCGACAACAGAAUUAGUGUGCUCAUGUCAAUGCUUCACAGAGACGGGGAUGCUUUGCUUUCACAUAAUAAGGGUCAUGCACAUGUUCAGCAUAUUUCAAAUACCACAACAAUAUAUCCUUAAGAGAUGGACAAGACUUGCAAAGUCAGCAGUAUGGGAGAAUGUUCAAGCAGACAAGGACCAAAGCCAAAAUGCACAGUUGUGGACACCAUGGAGACAUGCAAUAACCAAGAAUUUCUACAACCUAGUGUCAAUAUGUCAAUCAAAUGAGGAUGCAAGAACAUUAUGUGACAAGUCGUUGAAGGAAUUAUACAAAUCAGUGAAAGAAGUUUUCAAGACUGAUCAACAAAAACAACAAGAAAUCGAAGAUGAAGAACUACGAAGACAAACAGUUGAAAAUCCUGAGGUGAUAAAGACAAAAGGAAGACCACCAAAGGGAAACAAGAGAGUAAAAGGACAUUUUGAGAAGCGUAAAAUGAAGACAAGGCAUCCGAACGAAUAUGGAACAAAAACCCCAAAUGUACCUCAAGUUGAAUAGUGUUCAAAUAAUAUUAGUUUUCAAUUGUAUUCCACUCAGUAAUUGUAUUGAAAUUUACACUUGUUUAUUCCUAAGCUACUCGAAAUUCAGUAAUAUUAGUAUUUAUUGUCCUUCAGUUAGACUUGUUUAUUUUUCAGCUAGUCUUUCUAGUGCUUCACUUAGACGUGUUUACUUUUAAGCUUAUAUUAAUUCAGUU